CUAUUCGUUGGCAUUUAACUGUCAUAAAAGUAGAUGAACCAGACAAUCUUAAACCUAAGAAAAGGUGGAGAAGGGUGGAGUAAACAAUAAAGAAGGGAGUGAGUUAGCAAAAUUCCACCCAGUUACAAACUAGCACAAAGGUGACUGUGCUUUAUGAAGUUAGCUUGAUUCAUUGGAGCUCAAAGAGGAGCAAAGAGCAGAGGCAACCACCAGUGAAAGCGGGACUUCACAGCAAACAGCAGACAUGAGCAGUCAUUUAGAUGGAUCUACAUGACCAGCCUGUUUGCUGUAAGAACCAGCCAAAGAGAGUGCUUUAAGAUUUACCACAGGAGUGUGAGCAGCACCACUUCCACAGCAAAGUCUGGCCUUACCACAUCUUGGGAAGAGGAUGGCCACUACUCGGAGUGCAGCCAUUUUCACGCUGGUGAUAUCCUGUGUUUGCAGCACAGUCUUCCAUAGAGACCAGCAGACAUGGUUUGAGGGUGUCUUCCUAUCUUCCAUGUGCCCCAUCAAUAUCAGCGCGAGCACCUUCUAUGGAAUUAUGUUCGAUGCAGGGAGCACUGGGACUCGAAUUCAUGUUUAUACCUUUGUGCAGAAAAUACAAGGACAGCUUCCAGUUCUGGAAGGGGAAAUUUUUGAAUCUUUGAAGCCAGGACUUUCUGCUUUUGCAGAUCAACCAAAGCAGGGCGCUGAGACUGUUCGAGUACUGUUAGAGGUGGCCAAAGAUUCAAUCCCCCGCAGUCACUGGAAAAGAACCCCCGUGGUGCUGAAGGCAACAGCAGGGCUGCGCUUACUGCCAGAACAGAAAGCCCAGGCUCUGCUAUUUGAGUACCUGAGUACUGGGGCUUGGGGAUGUUGCUGGGAUGCCAACAGCAGGGAAAAAAAAGAAGACGAACACUGUCUGCCCUGUGGGGUAGAGGAAGCCUUCAAGAAGUCACCUUUCCUGGUUCCUGAUGACAGUGUUAGCAUUAUGGACGGCUCCAGUGAAGGCAUAUUAGCUUGGAUUACUGUGAAUUUUCUAACAGGUCAGCUGCAUAGCCAUAGCCAGGAGACUGUGGGUACCCUGGACCUGGGAGGGGCUUCCACCCAAAUCACAUUCCUGCCCCAGUUUGAGAAAACCCUGGAACAAACCCCUAGGGGCUACCUCACUUCCUUUGAGAUGUUUAACAGCACUUAUAAGCUGUAUACACAUAGUUACUUGGGACUUGGAUUGAAAGCUGCAAGACUAGCAACACUGGGAGCCCUGGAAACAGAAGUUGAGGGACACACUUUCCGAAGUGCCUGUCUACCAAGAUGGCUGGAAGCAGAAUGGAUCUUUGGGGGUGUGAAAUAUCAGUAUGGUGGCAACCAAGAAGGGAAGGUGGGCUUUGAGCCCUGCUAUGCUGAAGUGCUGAGGGUGGUACAAGGAAAACUUCACCAGCCAGAGGAGAUCCGGGGAAGCUCCUUCUACGCCUUCUCUUACUAUUAUGACCGAGCUGUUGAGACAGACAUGAUUGAUUAUGAAAAGGGAGGCCUUUUAAAAGUUGAAGACUUUGAAAGAAAAGCCAGGGAAGUUUGUGAUAACUUGGAGAACUUCACCUCAAGCAGUCCUUUCCUAUGCAUGGAUCUCAGCUACAUCACAGCCCUGUUAAAAGAUGGCUUUGGCUUUGCAGACAGCACCAUCUUACAGCUCACAAAGAAAGUGAACAAUAUAGAGACGGGCUGGGCCUUGGGGGCCACCUUCCAUCUGUUGCAGUCUCUGGGCAUCUCCCACUGAGCCACAUGCUUCCUCCAGGCCUGUAUUCAUCCACAGCCUCUAACAGGAGGGCCCUGUUGCUCUGAGCUCCUCUGGGUGCUGAAACCCAGCAGCUGGCUUUUCAGGGAAAGGGACUUUUAUAGCCAGGUCUUGCCCUUGAACCUAGAGAUUUGGGUUUAAUUUUACAUAUUGAAUCGAAUGUGAACCAUUACCUGACCACUUGGGGUGCACAGCUGGCACUAGAGCUUGAAUCUUUGAGAUUCACUGUGUGAAUCACAGUGAGCCACAAAUAGCUCUGGAACUCAGCCUUGGGAGUGACGGCUAAAGGACAAGUUCCUGGGAACCAACAAAAAAUCUCAUUUCAACACUUGGGAGUGCCUCAUUCCUUGGAAAUUGUAAUUUUCCUCUUACAUGCUAAAUUAAGCCAACUUAUUUCAAUCCUGUGGCCUAUCAAUACCAGUAUUUUUUUCCUCCCUAUAUACUGUCCUGUCCCAACCGUUAUGUGCAGCCUUUUCUCCUGAGAGAAAAAAAUACCUAGUUUUGCUAUGUGUAAUUGAAAAAAAAAAAAAGAAAGAAAGAAGAAAGGUACCAUAUCAGAUUGCAGGUUUAAGAGGCUCUAUAGCCGGGUGUGGUGGUACUUGCCUUGCCUGUAAUCCCAGCUCCCAGCACUUGAGCCUGGGAGUUCAAGGCCAACCUGAGCAAUACAGGUGCUUCUGGAGUGGGAGAUGGAAAUCACCGUGAAAAGUCUGAAGAAAUUCCACUUUUAAUUAAACAACUAAAAUGAGUGGGGGGAGUGAUAUAGAAAUAAAAAUUUUUAUUAGUAAGGGUUUGGUUUUUUUUGCAAUACUGACUGUUGAACCGAGGGGCACUCUACCUGUGCUAUAUCCUGUCCUUUUUAGUUUUUGAGACAGGGUCUUGCCAACCUCAAACUUGUAAUCCUCCUGCCUCAGCCUCCCUAAUUGCUGGGAUUACAAGUGUGUGCCACCUCACCCAGCCCUAAGGUCAUCUUUAUACUUUUUGCCUUCCUCAAAAAAAUGCUCAUGAGUGAUGGAAUGAUAGUUUUUUUGGUUUUGUUUUUAUUUUGAGAUAGAGUCCUAUGUAGUCCAGGGUGGCCUUAAAUUCACAGUUGAUCCUGCCUCAGCCUCCUGAGUGCUGGGACUAUAGGUGUGUGCCACCACAUCCAGCUUAUCUUCUCAGGCUGCCAUUCUAAAACCUUUCAAAAUCUUAAUAACUCCUAAAUUCUUUAUGCUGUCUUUUAACAUUUGACAUGACUUCUGGACCCCUUAACAUCUUGUCAAAAAAGCAGAUUGCUAGGCCAGUAGUGGCCCCCUAAAUGUUAUUCUACAUGAUUAUUACCUACAGUAGAAACCAAGUUGUUCCCCCAAAAAGUAAGCUGUGUUCAUUAAAAGAUCCUCCAGCCUGACAGGCCCAGAGAGGUGAGGUUCCCAUGGACAUUUCUUACCACAGGCUGUCUCUGAAGUGGCUCCUAAGUAGAGGCUGGAUUUGUGAAGUACAUGUAUUGUUCCCCAGACUCCUUUGGUCACCCCAAUAGCUUUGGAACUCUUGGGUAGAUACAGUCUCACUUCAGAAGAUUUCUGCAUUUAUUCUGUUAAUCUUGAUCAGAAUAUCUGGAGAAUUAGCCGAUUGUUAGUUUUGUUUGUUUUUGGUACCGGGGAUCAAACUCGGGUCCUUGCGCUUGUGCAGCAGGCAUUGAAACCACUGAGCUAAAUCCCCAGCCCUUCAUUUGUUAGUUUUAAGUGCAAUUUGGAAUGAGAAUUAUCUUUCAAAAGAUUUGUUGAUGUACCUUUUGGGCUUCUAAGGGGUCCUGUGUAUUCUAAUAUUACUGGUUAAUUUCAUCUCCGUAAAUGGGUAUGUGGAAAAUACCUAGGAUUUAGCCUGGCACAUGGUGGAUGUUGUGUUUAUCAUUGUUGUCACUAUAUGAAGAACUGUGAAUCAUGGAGAUCCUUGAAAAGUGUGCCUUAAAAUUCUGUCUUUGUCAUUAUACUUUUGGAGUCUAGAUUCUCUACCUGGACAAACUUUCUUUUUUGGGGGUACCAGGCAUAGAACUCAGGACCUUGUGCUUGAGAGGCACGUGCAGCACCACUGAGCUAAAUCCCCUUUCCAUUUCUUGUGAUAGUGACCCUUUGUCUAUAGUCUCUGCCAGUAGUCACACAGCUUUAUACAGAGCUGUAAUCUUUUCAUUUGGGCACAUUUUUCUGGAUUUUAGGACAUUAUUAUUUUUCACUCUGUAUCUGAACACAUUUUUCACAUUUGCCUUAAAAGCUGCCCUAUAGUAUCAAACUUCUCAUUCCUUCAAAAAUUAUUCCCAAGAAUAGCUUAGCUUGGUUCAAAAGCAGACUGUUUCUUCUUAUUUCAUCUUCAAAGCAGGCUUUUGGGCAAAAUGUUCUUUACAGUGUGCAAAUCUAACAGCCCUGAUGAUCUCCUCUGGGGGAACUGUGGUGAGCUCUUUAGAAGCACAGCAGUACACUGCUCCCUUGCCGGCCACCAGUCUGCCAGCAAGCAUGGACAGAUUAUGCUGCCCAUCAGUGUCCCUUCUGACCUGAUUCCUGAGGUCUUCAAACCUGGGCAAUGAAAUUAUUAUUUUAUUACUGAGCAAGAUUGGUGUCCUGGAGAGGAACCAUAAGUAAAACUGAAAUUUGAUGCUGUGCUGAAGAUGUAAUAACUAGGAUUAAUAAGAUUUGAUUUUUUCCAGGCCGGGGAUUUAGCUCAGUGGUUCCAGCGCCUGCCUCAAAAGCGCAAGGUCCCGAGUUUGAUCUCCGUACCAAAAAAAAAAAAGAUUUGAUUGUUUCCAAGUCCAAUGCACUAAUAACAAAGGUUAAAGUACUUUGUAUUUAAUCUGCACUCUAAUAAAUUUUAAAACAAAUCUAAUAGAAACGUAUUAAUAGUUCUAAUCCUUACCUCUUAUCAGAAAAACAAAUUUAUGACCAGCACUUUCUCUUUAGAAAGGACUGUUAACUAACAAAAAUGAAUGGAACAACACCUCAGUAAGUUUUGUUUUAAUAAAAAGCUCUUUUGAAUCGAA